CUGAGUAGGCCUAAAUGUGAUCAUAGUCCUGGGCAUAGAAAUCCUCAGUGUGAACUUGUAAUGACUAUCUAUUGAGCAACUGAACUGAUGUGCCCCAAAGAAGAGACUAAAGCUAUAGCCUGUUGUCUUCCCAUGGAAAUAGGAGAAAUGUCCAAUGAGUAAGCUAUUGCCUACAGAUCUAGUAGACUGGUUUAGGCUUGGCCUACUUGUUUUGAUCAUUUUUUUUCAGAUUCAGUUUUUUAUUGGCCAAGUAUACUUACAAAGGCUAUACAAGGAAUUUGACUAGAUGUUAAACUCUGUACAUUUAACAAAUAGACAUAGUACAAAUAGACAUUCAAUAAACAAUAGUAAUAAAGACAAAUAGCCUACUGUACAAUAAACAACAUAGGCACAUAUCAACGUAUUAACAUAAUAUACAAAAUAUAUACAAAUUAUUUUUGUAUGUUCUGUGUGUAUGAUCUAAUAUUUAUCGACCCAAUUCUGAUAUUGGUCAUUGUUCCGUCGAAGUGCUGUGUAAAGCUGAAUUUUUGCAUGGUUGGCUCUCUAAGGGCUUGCCUCUGGGUCUUCAGCUGAUGGCGGGACGUCCUGCGCAUUAGUAGCGCAACGCCGAGACUCCCAAAUAUAGACAAGGGAGCCUCCCACUCACGGAAGUAUAUUCAAGUUUUUUAGCGGAGGGUUCUUUACGAUGACAAAUGUAAAGUAGGCUAACGUUCGCUUAAACAUCUCAGCAAUGACAGAAAAACAUCCUGUAUCCAAACUGAAAAGAAGGAAAACCUCACUGGAAGAAUGUAAAUCUGAGCAACCUCAUCGGACUGUACCUCGAGAGAGCAUGGGAAGUUUUCUUGCACUACAGGAACAGCGGCCCAGCUGCAACAGAGCAGCCUACUGCCCCAGCGGAGUGGUGCAGGAUGUCCAGGACUGGUGGGCCCAGCCUGGGCUGCCCCCUGAGCGGCUGUGGGCUCUAACCCUGCAGGCCUUCAGUGCCCAGCCUCCAGAACCUUCCGCCACAGAGCAGCUGCCCGAACUCCCGUCGCCACAUACACAGACAUGUGCCAGGGUGAAGCCAGCCGAGUGGAGGUGGUGUUGCCUUGGCGACGAGGUGGGCGCUCUUCCAGAGCGGCCGACGGUGGCCCAGCGUGUGCCCGCCAGCGCUGCCAGCUCAGGUCAGCGUGUGCCCGUCACCCCUGCCAACGCCGUUCCACCAUCGAGACCCACGGAGCCAUGGUGUGCGGUGCCAGCGGCCAGCCCGCGGGCACGGGCGGGUCAGGAGGGUGAGGAGGACGAGGAGGAAGUGGAUGGCGGGCGCCGCAGCGGCCCUGUCACUGUGCCAACCGAGGCGUCUCAGAGGUGGAGCCAGGGUGGCGGUAGAGGGCGGAGGGGCAUCGCCGCGGCAACCAGUAGGCCUGCCGCCUCGUCUGCGUCGUCGUUGGCGGCAGCGACAGACGCUCGGGCGAAAGGCUGGCGAGAGUCCGCUGCUGGCACCGCUGCUACGGCAACAGCUGGUGUCACGCUGGACGCGUUCUUCGGUGGCGGAGGAGGAAGAGGAGGAGGAAGAGGAGGAGGAGGAGGAGGACAGGGGAAGGAGGAGGGGAUCAAGCGACGCCCCACAGACCAGCGGUCAGGCACCCAGGCUCCCCCCACCCCCUCACCAGGGCAGCAGGGGGCAUCAGCCGGAGCAGGAGGGGCAGGAGUCAGAGGGCUGGAGUGCUGCCCGAUGUGCCUGAUGCCUUUCCCUGCAGGCUUCACCCAGAUGGAUUGCGACGGCCAUCUUGCUCAGUGCCUGUCCGAGAUGAACACAGACAUGGUGUGGUGAUGCUUUCACAUGUCUUCUCUGUGUGUGUGUGUGUGACUGACUGAGUGACUCAGUGACUGUGUGUGUGAGUAAGUGAGAAUG